CAAGUCGACAGUUAUUCCGUCAACAAACGCAUUUUUUGCUAUUUGAUUUCUCGAUUGUAGAGGUAUUAAAUAAUCGUAGAUUAGGAUUUAAGCUCAAUAUGUAGGAAGAUAAAAACAAACAUUAAUGUAAUGUUCACUGUUUUUACUCGUGAAAACAAAAUGUCGUUGGAACAAACGGCGUGUGACGAUUUAAAAGCUUUUGAGCGUCGACUGACUGAAGUUAUAGGAUGUCUGCAGCCGGCUACUAUGAGAUGGCGAAUUGUGCUGAUAGUAGUAUCGGUGUGUACGGCAAUAGCGGCAUAUCACUGGCUUAUGGACCCGCUCACUCCGGUUGUAUCUCUAACACAGUCUCUCUGGAAUCAUCCCUUCUUUGCCCUCACCUCCACAUUUUUAGUGCUGCUGUUCAUGAUGGGUGUCCACAGGAAGGUGGUAGCGCCCAAUAUCAUCACGGCCCGCACCCGCUCCGUGCUCAACGACUUCAACAUGUCGUGCGACGACACCGGCAAGCUCAUCCUCAAGCCGCGCCCAGCCAACACAUAACUACUUACUGUACAUAUUUCAUAAGCUAAGAAUAAAUUGUUUCUUUGUUAA